AUUAUUUUUUGUAUUUAUUUGGGAAAAUGCUUAAGAAAUUUCAUCUGAUUAAAUAAAAUUUUGGCUAAUUUUGGCUAACUUAAAAUACUAAAAAAUAUUUUUGCUCGUUUGAUUCAGCCAAUGUGCCUUUACAAGUAGACUACAACUAGAUAAUGGUUAAAAUUGGUAAAGCAAAAACCUUUGAAGAUAAAUAUAACAUUUUAUAGAUGAAGAGUGCCCAGUAGAUAUUUGAUCUUGUGUAUAAACCAAAGAUAUAAUUAAGCCUGAAUGAAUAUAUAAAAAUAUUAGAAUAGCUCACAAAUAUUUGUGUUGGUUAAACUUACAAGGAAAUUUAUGGAGUAGAAAAGAUUUUAUCUAAAAUUGAAGAGAAUUUUAAACUUUUUAGCAACUUUGGAGCUUAAGAGGAUGAAAAUUCACCUUAUAUUGGAAGUCUCAUGAAGAGUUUAAAUUAAAUUGAGUAUUACAAAAACAUGGAAUUUUGGAUGAAGAUAUGCGAUCAGAUUUGUUAGGAAAGAAUGGAUUUCACAUCUAAAGAAAUAAGAGAAUCUCUUUUAGGGUUAUUUAUUAUUAAAAGAUUAAGUAGCAAAGAAUGGCAAUAAAAAAUAGUUUAGAAAUCGAUCAGAAUCCUUAUUAGUUAUUUUGAGGUUCAUCUUUCAAAGAAUUAAUUUAAUUUAGAUGAUAUUGUCACUUUGGGAUAUGCUUUCUAUUAACAUUAUGGGUAAGAUUAUUUAAAAAAUAAGACCUACAUCCUAUAAACAAUAGAAAUGAAUGCUUCUACUCAAAUUAAAUAAAUGCAAGAUGAAAUUUUCUUUUCAAAUGCUAAUGAAACAAAUAAUUCUAAGAGACAUAAAAAUAAUACUGCAGAUUAAUAAUGCUCGGAUUAGCAGUCAAGUGAAAAAUGUGAUUAAAUUAAUUAGGAGUAAUAGUAAAAUUUAAAAAGAGAUCAUGAAGAAAAAAUUAAUGAAUUAGAAGAAGACAUCAAAAACUAGCUGAUUCAAAUUGCUUUCUUAUUUAGUUUAUGUGAUUACAAAUCGUCCUACAUUAUCAAUUAAAUAAGCUAAUAUUUUACACCUAAUAUACUAAGUUAGUAGAAACAGAGUUAAUAUUUUGAGAAAAAUAGGUACCUGAUGUCUAAGUUUUUGUAUUACUUGACUUAUAUUUAAUAAAAAAAUUAUUUUAAUAACAUAAACUAAUACUUUCCAAUGAUUGAGGAAAACUUGGUAUCAUACAGUAGUAAAUUAAAACAGAAAUAAGCUUUGUAAUAAUUUUCUAGCAGUAAUAGUGACCUAACAAAUAAAACAUCAUCAGACUAUAAAAUAGUUUAUAAGAGAAAUCUUGAGUAUGAUGACAUCAAAUAAGAACAGUUUAUCUUUUAAAAAUUCAAUAAUAAAAUAGAUAUAACUCUCUAAGAUUUGUGCCUAAUAUUAGAAAGUAUUUAAGUUUUGAACAUAGAAAGUAUAGAUCUAUGGCUUUCAGAGAUAGAUUUUAUUUUUUCUCAAAUCGAUGCUGAAGCUUGUUACUUGAUGGAUUUAGUUCGCUUUUUGAAGGUAAGGUUAGAUAUUAAAUAAAUAGAUUUUAAUGACACACCUCCUCUUUUAUUAGAAGAAGUUUAGAAAAAAAUUAUGAAUUGCAGAUUUACUUAAAAUGAUGUUAUUUAGUUUAUUCAAUUUUGUGAAGAAAAUAAAGUCACUCAUAACUUUGUUGAUUUAUACAAUUACCUUCCAUAUUACGUAGCAAACAACAUAUUUUUCUAUACUUGGGAAGAAAUGUGUUUCCUUUACUAUCACUUCAUAAAAGAUAGAAUCCUCUUUUAAGAAUCUUAAAUUUCAGAAAUAAAUGGAAGACUAAAUGUUAUAAAACAGUACAUAAAACUUGAAUAUUUUUCCUACAACAAUAGAAAAAACACCUAAAUGUCCCCAGAGAGCAAUUUCUAUAAAGUGUUAAGUGUAGUUGAUUUAAAUGAUUUCUAUAGUGAAAAUAGCUAAUAUUGA